UCUAUACAUUGUCUUCAUCAUUGUCGAUUCAUUGUAUACGCAAUGUAUACAUUGUAUUCGCGUUGUAUACAUUAUAUACGCAUUGUAUACAUUGUAUACGCAUUGUAUACACCGAGACGUAGCCAAUUAAUGAAUACGGGUAAAAGCCCAUCACUGAUUACAGAUAUAUUCUGUACUAGAGCAGUGGCUCCCAAACUGUGUCAUGUGACCAGUCAUAUUACGAAUUGCCGGAGACGCCAGACAUGGACGCCACCAGAUAUUUUAGUUAUAUUAGGCGAUACAGGAAUUUGGUCGAACAGAACAGUAAUCAUAGCAGAAAGCUAACAUUAGGUGGAUUAUAUUCUGUGCACGAAGAUUAUAGAUAGGAGGUUUAACUGCUUAACCCUUUCCAGCCCAGCGACUCCAAUUGGAAUAUAUUGCCUAAAGCCACGACAGAAAACUGAAAAUAAAUAGAAAUAGAAAUCCCAGGCAAUAUAUUAUAGCCAAUAGAUCACAGAUGGCGACACGCAUACCAGUUUGUGAAAUAUCGAUUGACAUUUCGAUUUUUAGGUUAAUUCAAAGUUUACAGUAUUGUGUGUAAUAAUUAUUGUUUGUUCUUGAAUAAAAUCAAGAUGCCGACCGUAGGUCGGUGCGUAGGACUUACGGAAGAGGAAGAAAAACACUUGCUGAUGUUGCUACAAGGGGACGAGUCGGAUUUGGAUUGUGUAACCGACAACGAUGAAGAUGAUUUCGAUCAAGAAACGUUCCUUCGAUUACAAGAGGAAUAUGAUCCCGAUCCUCCAGAACCUUCUCCAGAAGAACUAGUGUUAUCUAAUUCUAACUUAGAAGUGGACACAAAUAAACUAUCUGAUGAAAAUGGACAUGAACCUAACAGACAAAUGCAACAAGACUUUGACCCUGAAGACGAUUUACCUAUUAUUACGUUUCGGAACCAGCACCCAACGCCUGCUGUACAAAAUGCUCCAAAGUGA